AGUACAGUAGAGAAACUACAUUCUACAUUUAGUUAGCUAGUGUUUACAAAUUGGUGAGUUCGAGGUAAAGUGUUGUCUAUUCCACUCAAGGCACAUAACCUUAAAUAUUUUUUCGGUGUGUUUCGUGAAAAUUUACUCUGUGGUUACACAUAAUCAACCGAGUGAUGGAAAAUAAAGAUGACACAGUUAGAAUGAAAAAGGAUCCGAGCCAAAUUUUGACGAUAGAAAGUGACGAUCAUUUUUUCGAUUCCAUGAAUUCUUGCAAAGCCGAAAACUUUGAAACAUCCCAUCUUGAUAAACCAUCAGCAAAUUACAUAGAUAAGAAUGCAGCGUUACCAGAGAGAAUAAAUAAAAAUUUAUCCAUAGUUUUUGAGUGCGGAUAUGUUAAAUCGGAAUCGAAGUCAUUAUCGACAAAAGUUUGCAAAACUGAGUACCGAAGUUGUGAACCUAUGGUGAAAAUAGAAAAUGAAAAUCAGCCUAUUGACAUGAAUGAAAAAAUAUUCAUAGAUGUUGAAUACAAAAAUGUUAAGCUUGAACCGAUGUCAUUUUCGACAAACUUAUGCAAAUUUGAGCAUCAAAAUUUUCUACCCAUCGUAAAAAUGGAAAACAAAAAUAAGACCGAUGACAUGAAUAAAAAUAUAUUCAUUGAUUUCGAGUCCAAAGGUAUUAAAUCUGAACAGAAGUCUUUAUUGACAACCAUCAGUAAAACUGACGAUCAGAGCUAUGCACCUAUUGUGAAAGUAGAAAACUCUAUUCAUACCAGAUACUUAGAAUACAAAAGUCUAAUGAUUUUGAUUUAAAAAAAUUUCAAUUAUACCCCAUUAAAAAUUAACAAACAUAAAAAGAUUAAAAUGUUUAUAAA